AUGGCCGCUACACGGAGCAAUGCGGUCGACUUGCGACGAGCUACUUCGAAUCAUUUGGCAGACCAUGCCGCAUCGGCUGCAUUGUAUGUGACUGAUCCAAUGCGCAAGCGCGCUGGAAGUGAAACAGUGUCGCAAGAGCCGCAGAAUCAAGUUUCGACACUUUUAGCAUACGUACUUCCUGCAGGUCUCACUCUUGCCAAUGCCAGCGCUGCAGCAAGUCUAGCUCAUGCGAACCGGAAGACAACCAGUCCCUGGCGGCCUGCAGAGAGACAGCCAUAUGCCGAAAAAGCCGCUGCAUUUGCGCGCAGCUAUCAGAGUCCCGAGCCGCCAUCUCCCAGCAAGCCACACUCGGACGUUUACAAAGCAGCCAUUUUAGCGGCCCAGGACCGGGUGUACAGUAAAUCACCGCCACCAACGGCAGCGGCUGUAGCUACUACUACCACGACGUUGACGAUGACAGAGCCGCGCUACCAUCAAGCUGCCAUGGCAGGUAAGGGCCGUCGGGACUCGCGAGAAACCUCCGCGGCGGCAGCAGCAGCUCUUCAGAUAAACCCCGGCGCCUUGACGGCAGCUACGGGGGCUGUUGCUAAUCGACGGAGGACAGAGUCUGCACCCACGAAGCCCGUUUUCCAUCCCGAUGCCGCAUAUGCAUUGACCGCGGCAACUUUGUCUCAUCGCGCCAGCCAGGAUGCUCGCAAUGCGUUGAGCGAUCUUGACCCAUCAAUGGAAGCCGCGAGGUUACAUCAUAUUGCUCGAACGAACGCGCAGCUUUACACAUCCACGCCUCCCGUAGACAUCGAAGUUGAAGAGCAAAAACACAAGGAUACUCUCCGGGCUGCUGCUAUCUCAAUGGCAAAGGAUAUGUACGCAACAUCAGCAGCAGUGACGAAAGAGGAGCCUGAUGGAACUGGCUAUGCAAGCACUGCUGCGCAAAAUCGGGUAUCACAUCGCUACUCCCAGUCUCAGUUCUCUUGGGCUCCUGGAGAUGAAUACAAUGCAGUCCCACGCACCCAAAAUCUCCAUGAAGCAGCCCAGAAGCUUGCCUCCGAAAAACUUGCAAAGAUGCAGCAAAACGAGCUACAAAAUAAACAGCAGUAUUACGGAACUGUUGCAUCCCCCAAGUCGCGUCAGACGCUUACACGUCGUCUGAGAAGGAGAACAUCGAGUGAUGGAGACGCUUCUGAGGUUGACUGGGAAAGAUCAGAGCAGAUCAGAAACCAAAUGUCUUCGCUGCAGAGUCGCUUGCACCAAAUCGACGAGAAAAAGAACCAGGAUAGGGAAGAUCUGAUGGAGAUUGCCCGCAAGAAUGUGCACGCUCGCAUUCAUGACAUGGACGAAAAAGUAUAUGCGCAUACUGGGAAAGCUUCACCAAACAUGCAACGUGAAUGGGAAGAGAAAGCACAUGAACGUGCAAGACAAGAGACUGAAGUUCGCAUGUCCGGGUUCUCAAGAGUCUCUGUUGGUGGCGAGCGGUAUAUGGAUCAGGCGGAGAUUGAGGCGAUUGCACGAUCUCGCAUCCAACCAACUCUAGACGAGAUUAGUAAUCGAGUUGAGGGACAGCGAGCUCGGGAAGUUGAAAAGCAGCUAGAACAGGAGAGGGAACAGCGAUUACAGGAAUUAGAUCGUGAAAGACAGGCGGACAUUCAAGCAGAGGAAAAACAACACAAAUCAGCUGGACUGGGGGGUGCUCAGUUUAUUCGGAGACGGUCUACAAAAAAGGGGACGGGAAAUUUGUUCUCUCGCACAUCGAGAGUCAUUCUAGGAAAGAAGGAGGCAGAGGGUGAUGUUAAUGGAGUUGGCGAGGAGCAGAGAGAGGGCGGAACAGCCACAUCACCGAUUAACGAGCGAGUGAAUGAACAGCCUGAACAAGAGGCUGCAAACAUUCCGACUUCUGCCACAGCGCCUGUUAAUGGAACAACCGAACGAGAAGGCGAUACCACACAACCUUCAGAGGCGCCGGUGGUGUCUGGAGCGACAGUAGAUCAACCUUCAGCCGAUACACCGACAUCUCCGAGAUCAGGAUCCAGGCUGAGCACGUGGUUCAAGGGAAAAAUCGGCCGUCGGUUUAGCAAACCGCCACCUCCUGAAAAAGAAGAGAAACUUGGUGAUAACGAUGAACAAGCUGUUCAGACUGGCUCCCAGGAAGCUGCCGCGGUAGGAAUUGACAACCCUCGAGCAGGCCCUCUAUCGUCCAACCCUGUUACAGAAACGGAUCUUGCUCCGACAACGGCAGCUGGUGUAACACCUCAAAUGCAUGAGGAGAUGGAAAGGGAAGAAGAAAGAGAGGACAAUGACGAAAUUGGCAACGAAGAAAUGGCCCGGCAAUGGAGCAGCUCUACAGAACAUUCCAGGGACAAAAAUAUGUGGUCGUCCUCCAGUCCUACUUCGGAUCAGCAAGAUGGCGGUCGACGAAGACGACUGCACAUGAGUCUCCGAGACAUGAUUGCUAGAAAGCCGCCUUCUGAGCAAGGGUCUGCUGCAGGAUCUCCUUUGGCGUCUCCAACCAUGGCAACCUCUUCCGCCGGCAAGGUCGCAGCGUCUCCUCGGCCAGGCCCGGUUCCGCGCAUGAAUACGACUGAACGCAAUGAACUACAUGACAGCUUUAAAGAGGAGUCUUUGCCGCCGCCGCCAACCUUGUUUCAGGAUAGUUCACGACGAAGCGUGAGUUCUUCGGCGAGGGACUCGAAAUUCUCGGAAGAUCUUUGA